GGACUGCGACGACAAGCUGUGGUCACGUGUUCUAGAGCGUGGCUACGUCGAAACAAGUAAACAAAAGAGCAAAACAUACCUUAAACCUAUCAGCCAACGUGGCUAAUCCGCCUUGAAAGUGUCUGUUGUUACAUUUUAAACCAUUUGGAGUUUUUCAAUACAUGUAUUAGUCUUGGUUUUGCAUUUAAUGCACAAACGUGGCAUCGUUUGCUAGCCGGCCAACCCAGUCACGUGAGCGUCCCUCGGCUGCCCUUGCUUUGUCGGAGUCGCACGCUCUUUAGCAUGCGGCUCAACGCUUCUUAACGAUGGUUCAACUGUGCAGAGUUUGCUUCCGUAAAUAUGGAAACUUUGUGGACAACCUCCGACUGUACGUCUGCGGAGGUGCUGGCGGCAUGGGCUUGCCCCGCCUCGGUGGCCACGGCGGUAACGGUGGAGAUGUUUGGGUGGUUGCCACAAAGAGCAUGACCUUGAAAGGAGUCAAGGACAAGUACCCUAAAAAACGCUUUGUUGCCGACGUGGGAGCCAACAGCAGUGUCCGUUCCUUGAAAGGACAGAGGGGUAAGGACAUCGAGAUUUUGGUUCCUGUGGGUAUCACAGUCACCACUGACGAUGACAGGAUACUCGGGGAGUUGAAUGCGGAGGGCGAUCGUGUGCGUGUGGCCAGAGGAGGACACGGAGGCUCCUUCUCCUCUUCCUUCCUCCCCAGUAAAGGCCAGUCGAGGCAGGUCAGACUGGACCUCAAACUCAUCGCUGACUUGGGCCUGGUGGGGUUCCCAAAUGCCGGGAAGUCGUCUCUGCUGACUGUCUUGUCUAACGCAACCCCGCAGAUCGGCAGCUACCCUUUCACCACGUUGAAUCCCCAGAUUGGUAAAUUAUUGUACGAGGAUCACAAGCAGAUCUCUGUAGCGGACCUCCCAGGCCUGAUCGAAGGCGCUCACGUGAACAGAGGGAUGGGACACAAGUUUCUCAAGCAUGUGGAGCGAACCAAGCAGCUGCUCUUUGUGGUGGACGUUUGCGGCUUCCAGCUGGGAAGUCAAACGCCGUUCAGGUCUGCUUUUGAGGCUGUGCAGCUGCUCACCAAGGAGCUCGAGUUAUACAAGGAGGAGCUUGUGAGCAAACCAGCUCUACUGGUGGUCAACAAGAUGGACUUGCCCAAUGCUGACCAUAAACUGCGACAGCUACAAAGGCAAAUCCUCAACCCAGAAGAAUUCUGCCAAACGUUGCCUGAAAACAUGACACCGAAAAGUCACAUGGCGUUCAGGAACGUGGUUCCCGUCUCGACCGUCACUGGGCUCGGCGUGGACCGCUUGAAAGAGUUCAUCCGGGAGUCGAUAGAGGAAGAAGCUUCCGAUGCCACCGAGGUGCUCCGUCAACAAAAACUACAACUCCUCAGGCAACACGUCCAAUGAGCUCACAUCACAAAACACGCACAGCCGUCAUGCAAAGAAGUUCAACAUGUAGUGUACAGAAUUGUCACAGUUGUAAUUAAGAGUCCAUUUAGACUACUCUGUACUAAAAAAAAAAAAAAAAAAAAAAGGCUGCCCAGUCAAACUGGGCAAAAGUGUUGCGAGACCUGCAGAUCCAACACGAGGCCUGUACCAAAACAUUCAGCCUUUACGAAUAUAGGGAGCUAAUAGUACUGGUUAUGAUUGUACUUGGAACAUUUAUUUGGAUUAAAUCUAUUCAAUAUUUCUGUUAAAGAUAUUCAUGUGUUGUUGAUGAUACUUUUUAUCCUUAUUGGAAUUGCAAAUAUUUACAAUAAAAAAAUUAAACUCUUUAUUCUCAAUUGUAUAAAUGUAAAAAUGAACUCUUACAGUUAAUACACAAAAUCUAUAAAAACAGUUUGAUGAACAAUGAGA